UCUCUCUCUCUCUCUCUCUCUCUCUCCUCUUUCUCUGUGUCUUAACCUAAAAAUCUUAUCUUUUUCUCUCACCUCCCCCACUAUAUUAUACACUUUUCACCGCUCCCCUUUCGAUCAUAUAAUCAUUAAACGCACAAAAAAAGUAAAAGCCAACUCCAUUUUUAUGGACAUUAGAGCUUUAAAGCAAGAAGUUGCCAAGCAACUUGUUGAAGGCUACCGGUUCGCCUCUCAGCUUCAGAUUCUUCUCUCUAAGAAUCCCGAUCAUGGUCCCAACGACCUGAACCGGAUCGUAUCCGGUUCGGGUCCGGUGGAUGAGCUCAUGGCCAAGAUCUUGGGUUCUUUCGACAAGACCAUCUCUGUUCUGGGUUCUUUUGAGCCCGUCUCCGUUGCUGUUCCCGUCGAUGGCUCCCGGAAUACUUCUUCCGGCGACUCUCCGGCGGCGGCGGUUUCCGAUGGGCGGUGUGAGAAUUCCGGUGACUGUAGGAAGAGGACGUUGGGGGUUAACAAGGGCAAGAGAGGGUGCUACAAGAGACAGAGGAAAUCGCAAUCAUGGACAGUAGAGUCCAACACAUCUGAAGAUGCUCAUGCUUGGAGAAAAUAUGGACAGAAGGAGAUUCUUAAUGCUACAUAUCCAAGAAGUUACUUCAGGUGCACACACAAGAACACACAAGGGUGCAGAGCUACAAAGCAAGUCCAGAAACUCGAACAUAAUCCAGAGAUGUUCCAAAUCACAUACAUAGGCAACCACACAUGCAACAGCCCGAACGAAGAGAUUCCGGCCAAGAUCGAGCCUUUCGAGAUCGCCAUGGAUUCUGACAACACCACAUGUGGUUCUUGCACCAUUAAUGACCAGAUUAAAGCUAAGUUACAAGACGAAAACUGCAGUGACGUUACAGGAACUGUACUGAAGGAGGAAUUAGAGGUGGAUUGCGAUGAUCAUGAUCGGAAAUACUACCAACCCACGGCCGAGGACUUGUCUUUGGUUUGGCAAGACUUGGCGUUUGAUGAACAUGAUCUCAUGUAUGGAUCCAUGUGGGGAAACGAGUAAGUAAUUCUCAUGGUAUAUUGUGUAUAGGUAAUCGCCAUUGGAGACCGCAACAACAAGGAGCUUUCCACCCAAACUUGGAUAGUUCAACCGGUGACAUGGAUGUAAAGUAUAUGUCUCGUCCCGAAUUCGAAAUCCAAAUUUAAAGAGAAACAUUCAUCCGAGUACUCAGUUGUAAAAAAAAAACAAACAGCUUUUUUUUUUUAAUCUCGGAUGCCUAUUGUAUUGUGUA